AUGGAUCAAUCAAGUAAGGAAGAUUCCCCUAUGGUAAACGGCAGAGCUAAACCUACCGGUCAGCGUUCUCAGGCAAGAGCUGAUACUGCUGGUGGUGGAGGUGGUUCGAAUCGUUCGCCAUUUAUCAAGAGAGAUAGAUUAAAGAGAAACUUCUUAAAGAGUCGAAUGAACUCUCGCCGUGUGGUAAAGAAGGAUGAUCCUGAACUCCUAGAAGAGAGAGAAAGAGCUUUGCUUUCGUCUCAGACUACGAGUAACAGCAUUGAUAUUAAACCCAACGUGAAAGUUAAAAAAGAAGUCUCUAGUAAUGAGGAACAAUUUAAUGAAUACCCAUUGAGGGCCGUAUCAAAGGAAUCCUUGGAGAAUAUGAGAACUCAUCUUUUAAAGUUUCAGAGUAAGAAAAGAAUCAACCCUAAUGAAUCGUUUCAUCCACCAAUUAGAUUGCAUAGAAAGGACACCAGAAACUUACAAUUCCAAUUGACAAGAGCUGAAAUUGUCCAAAGACAACGUGAAAUUCAAGAAUAUAAGAAAAAACAAUUGCAACCACAGCAAUCACAGCUGCAAAAGGCAUCUCAAACUCCUAACUCAGUUAAUACCGCAAAUCAGACACCAUCCGUUUCUGCAACACCCGCUGUUGUUGGCUCAUCCACAACUAACGCCACACCAGGGUUACAAACAUCAGCAGCUUCUGCUACAACAGACACAACAAACCAACCCCCAAUAGUAAAUGGUAUUGUAGAUGGUCCUACCACUACUGCUCCCACUGCAGUAGCCUCUAACGGCACAGAAGCCUCAACAACCGCUGUACCAAUGAUUACUCAAUUAGAAGAAGCAGGUAUGGCAGAAGAUCCAACUAAAGUUGGGAUGGUUAAAUAUGAUGGCAAAGAAUCUGAAUUACAAGAGGAGGCUACUGUGGAUCCAUUCGCAGAUGUGUCUCCAGAUGGUGGUGGUAGAGCCAAGAGAGGUAAUUCAAGAAGAAAGACAAGACAACUAAAAGUACUAGAUGAAAAUGCUAAGAAAUUAAGAUUCGAAGAAUUUUAUCCCUGGGUUAUGGAAGAUUACGAUGGUUAUAAUACUUGGGUUGGGUCAUAUGAAGCAGGUAACUCUGACUCAUAUGUCUUAUUGAGUGUGGAAGACGAUGGUAGUUUUACUAUGAUUCCGGCAGAUAAAGUUUAUAAAUUUACUGCUAGAAAUAAAUAUGCUACAUUAACAAUCGAGGAAGCUGAAAAAAGAAUGGAUAAGAAGAGUGGUGAAGUUCCUCGUUGGUUGAUGAAACAUUUAGACAAUAUUGGGACUACUACGACAAGAUAUGAUAGAACAAAGAGAAGAUUAAAAGCCGUUGCUGAUCAACGUAAUGCUGAUGAAGAUGAGGCACAUGACGAUAACUCGGAAGUGGAAUUAGAUUAUGAUGAAGAAUUUGCCGAUGAUGAAGAAGCUCCAAUUAUUGACGGUAAUGAACAAGAAAAUAAAGAAUCAGAACAACGUAUAAAGAAAGAAAUGCUACAGGCAAAUGCCAUGGGGUUACGUGAUGACGAGCAACUACCUGAUGAAGAAGAUGCUGAUGAUUUAUUCAACGAAAAGAAAAUUGAUGAAGAAGGAGAAAGAAUCAAGAAGGCAUUGCAAAAAACAGAAUUAGCUGCUUUAUACUCUUCUGACGAUGAUGAAAUCAAUCCAUACUUGUCAGAAUCUGAAACAGAGAAUAAGGAGGAGAAUGAAAAAAUCAAGAAAGAAGACAAUGAGAACGAGGGUAAGGAAAAAUUGUCUAGAAAGUCAUCACCAAGAAAGAAAUCCCCAAGUGUGACAGCACCACGUCUUAGAGUGAAAAGUAUCAAGGAUUGUAUUAUCAUAUUAAAGGGUAGUAAAAAACUUUUGAAAAAUUUCCCCAAGGGUCAAUGGAAUCCAAAUGUGAAUAAACGUAAGAGAGAAGAAAGCAUGGGACCUGAGACACAAAUAAAAGAAGAACCACAGGCAAAUAAUGCUUCUUCAAUUUCAAAAUCUCCAUUGAUCAAACAAGAGGAACCACCAUCUAAGAAGAUAAAAACAGAACCCACGGAGAAUGGCACAAUUCCGUUAAUAACAGAGCAAGACAUCAUUGACGCUAUUGGUGAUGGCAAAGUUAAUGUUAAAGAGUUUGGAAAGGGUAUCAGGAAGAAAUACCCAGGUCCUGAAAAUAAGAAGUUAAUGUUUGCCAUUGUUAAGAAAUUAUGUAGAAAAGUGGACAACGAGCAUAUGGAGCUUAAAAAAUAA